CUGACUAGAGAGCAAAAGCAAGACUGACGCGUGCCUCACACCUCUCAACUUCUACCACUUUCGGACUUAAGCUCCUCAAAACAUUCUUCUCACCAAACUUCAUAUGGAUUCUACAUUCAAAGCAAGCACAGCAAUGGAGAGCGUUUACUCUGACAUCGACAGCCCCAGCUGUGACUAUUCGUUCUCUCACACAGACGAUGAAGACUCUCGCAGCAGCACCCAAGCCACAUCCCCCGCAUGCUCGGUUGGCUCAUCAUCGGCUGCCAUGCAGGAGGCGGACGCUGAGCCACAUCUGAAGAAGAGGCGCAGGGGGCGGGCGAGGAACGAAGCCACUGUGCAUGUGGUCAAGAAGAACCGGCGCGUGAAGGCAAACGACCGCGAGAGAAACAGAAUGCACAACCUGAACGACGCUCUGGACACUCUGAGGACCAUCCUCCCCGCUUUCCCAGAUGACACCAAACUUACCAAAAUCGAGACUUUGCGAUUUGCCCACAACUACAUCUGGGCUCUCUCUGAGACCAUACGGAUUGCAGACCAGCGCCAGACCAAGCCCAGGGACUCCACGCAUCUUCUACCACCACUACCCUGCGUGGCAGAUGCCCCAAGCCCCGGUAGCGAUGCUUGCUCCUGGUCAUCAGGCGCGUCCUCCUCGUCUUCUCCCUCGUACUGCACUUCCAACCCAAGCAGCCCGGCAGCUAUGGAUGACUAUGGAUAUUUGCAAACAGAUGUGGUUUAUAGUUACUGCAACUUCGUCCCCAACAUCUUCUAAACUUAUAGACAUCGUCGUCAAUGCUCGGUAGCAGAAUGUCUGAUAGGCUAGUAAAGGAGAAUGUUUGAGAUUGUUUAGUGCAAAAAGCCCAGAUUAAGACAAGAUGCGAAUUCACUGUUUGCCUUGACUGUAUUUUCAUAUGGUUUGUGUUUUUAUAUUUUCACCAUCAUUUUGUUAUUAUGUUUUUUGUUGUUGUUUUGGUAUUGUAGACUUCACUGCCUUUGCACUUUUGCAGCUCGUAUACAAGGUCCACUCCACAGAUCUUGAUCUCUGCCUCUAUUUAAAAUAAAUUAUAAUUUAAAAGAGGACGACGGAUUUUCGUUUGCAGCCGGAGGUGAAAAGUCAAUUUUACAAUUUGUAGAGUGAUAAUGCAGAAAAACUAGCGUGGAAAUUCGGUUUCAACGCUCUGACAAAAGACUGAAAGGCCGUCAAAAGACAAGGAUCUGGUCUAAUGCAUUAUGUAUGUUGACCCCAAGAACGCUGUUGAGUCCUGCUUAACCUUUUAGACAGUCCUAUAGAUACUCGUUUUUACAUUCACUUCAUACUUUUAUUUUUAUUUAUUCAACAUGUGGUUUUGAUAUGAAAUGUAUUUUUAUUGUAUAU